CUUCGAAAAUACAACUUUGUCCACCGACAUCAUUAACGCAAACAUUUAUUUGGAUAAGCUUGGUUUCAUCCUCUCAAUGUUUGGGACGACAUACAUCCAAUAGUCCUGCAAAUCGCUUUUCCACAAUGCUAGCAGAUCCGUCCGGCAGGAUUCGCUGACGGCCUAAACGGAUCACUCUGCGCCCCUUGGCAUUUCAGGGGACGGCUCGCUUGGCCUAUUGCGGCUUACCAAGUUACCACUCAUCCGUCCGACGAGAUGAGCCACUGGCUGAAUCAAGGACCAAUUGAUUGGGCGCAUAGGCCUGGACUCAUCUCAUCCAGCUGACAAUGGCGGAUUUCCCGACUCAAAGCUGCGCUACCCCAUACCGACCAACUGGUACUUCCAUUCUGGUCGGUCUAAUUUAUACAUUUAUCAUCUUGGCACCAACCGUCCGGCAGAAAUAAGAAUCGGCUUUUUCGCAAUCUCCGCUCCCCUUCGCGCUCGGCAAUGCCUUUUCAUCUUUCCUGCCCUUAAAUGGGUAGCUGGGGCAUCAUCGUUCAUGGGAAAAUCGUCGACCGCAACGUCGUCAACGCGCGCAAACUUGGGAUGGGAUGAGGAACGGUCAGAUUUUCGGCACAGUCAACCUGAGAAUAUGAAAGCUAUGGGUGCAGAUCGCGAGUGGUGGUUGCGCUACGUCAACCACAACCUCCUGAGACGGAAAAUCGACCUCCGGCGACUGAUAAUCGCCGUCAUAGUCUUCCUCGGUCUUUCCAUGGUCAUUUUUGAGGUCACCCAUCACGAAUUAUAUAGACUUGCCCCCUUCCAGAACCCGCCUCUAGCACCUGAACCGGAUGUACCCGGGCAAUGCACAACUUGGCCUGUCGAUUGGAAAGGCCGAUACACGCCUUCCCACGAACCAGGGAACAACACGGUAAGACUUGAGUCUUUCGCGCCUAAGGGUGGCUGGAAGAAGCCCGUAGGUAUCAAGAUUGUCGCGCUGGUGUUCUUCGGCCGCAAGAGAACGGUCGACUUCCUGGACUGCUAUCUACAGCAAAAUCUGGCCGCGAACGGAGGAUACGUUGACGAAAUUCGAUUUAUGGUGCACACGAAUAAUGAUGAAGACCUCGACUACUUGAAAGAUCUCGUCUCACGAAGAGAAGAACACUACCACAUCGUAGAAGCCAACACCUGCGAGGGGAGUUCAUACGGCUGUAUUUGGGACUCCGUUGUUGAAGACGAUACUAUAUACGUGAAGAUUGACGAUGAUAUUAUUUUCAUUCAUCCAGAUGCGAUACCCCAAUUAGUCCAUACCCGAAUUGCCACGCCUCAUCCAUUUGCUGUGUCGGCAAACUUAGUUAAUAGUCCCUUGACGGGUUACGAACAUUUCCACGUCGGCGCUAUUCAUGCCUUUAGGCCUGAUCCGAGUGAGAAGCCAUCACACGCCGCUGCCGAGUCAUGGCGACCAUCUGAAAAGAGCCAUUUCCCAGAAUCGAGCUUACCACAGCUCAACAUAAGCGACCUGCGCAGCAUAGAGUUCAAUGAUGAGAUAUUCCCUGCUCGUCCGUAUUAUGGCCACCCAUUCCUCUUGAUAUCAGAUGACCCCUUCGAUCUAAUGAAGUCUCCAAUGGGGCUGAACUAUCUGCAUGGAGGAGACAAAGGUGUUGAAUCCAUGUACGAAAAGGCAUGGAAGUCUUGGGCCAUAGCGAGUCAGCAACAGUACUCGUUACUGAAGAACCUCGAGGACAAUGCCAUUGCGCACUACUUCUUCGGUUCGCCGCAAGAAUUUCCUAGCGGGAAAAACACAUCGGCUGUGGCACUGAAGCACCAGGCAGAGAACAGGGGCGGCCCAGGUGCAGAGCAGCUAUACAACACGCAGUACAAGCGGUACAACCUCAACUUCGUGGCGCUAUGGGGUCACGAUAUCAAGGCGGCGCUGCCGAUCGCGGAGGACGACGAGGAGGACAUCACUGUAACGAUCCCGAAACGGACGCAUAGGCCGUUCGUUAUCGACACGCGCAGCGUCGUCGGACACCUGAGCUUUUAUCCCCAACAUGACGGUGUCCGGGAGACUGACUUGUUGGAUCGGUGGAGGGCGUUCGCGAACGAGAUGGUAUGCACGCCGCAGAAUCAGAAGAGCCCCUUCGACAAGAGGUGUCCUGGAUUUUGAGGGGAUGGCUGUGCGGUGCUUGUAGUAAUAAUACCGAUACCACAAAUAGAUACGGAAAUGUGUAAUGAUUGAAUUCGUCGA